GGAGGUGCCUCCAUCUACGGGAAGCACUUUGAGGAUGAGCUGCACCCGGAGCUCAAGUUCACCGGCGCAGGGAUCCUGGCCAUGGCCAACGCGGGGCCGGACACCAACGGGAGCCAGUUCUUCCUGACGCUGGCGCCGGCGCAGUGGCUGGACGGGAAGCACAGCAUCUUCGGCCGGGUGAGCCAGGGCAUGGCCGUGCUGGCGCGUCUCGCCAUGGUGGACACCAACGCGCAGGACCGGCCCCUCGACGACGUCAAGGUCAUCAAGGCUUUUCCCUCGGGAUAA